GGUAGCUGAAUCGCAUGCAGUUGUCAGAGAUCACAACAUUGAACCGCGCAAAUAAAUGGAUAUCCGCGUUACUUGAACUACGAAGCAAUUACUCCACGACUCUCCAAAAUUACCAGGGUUGAUUGAGUUGGACCUCGAGAAAGAGAGUGGCGAGAAACCGCGCUUUGCUUUGGCGGCUCCCUCUGUCUUCAUUUGGAUUCCUCCGCACGUACAUAUAAAGAACAAGACCACCACAGCUAGCCCAAGGCAAGGAGGAAGAGGCAGGAGCAAAGGAUAGAGGAGAGAGUGAGAGAGAGAGAGAUGGGAAGCAAUGGAGGUGUUGGACUUGUAGUAGUGGCUUUGUUAUUGGUGUUUCUGACUGCAUUGGUGGAGUCCAAGUGUGAGAGCAAUCCAGUGUUGUUCAACUUCGGCGACUCCAACUCCGACACCGGAGGCUCGGCGGCCGGGUUUGGAAAUGUAUUCCCGUUGCCUCACGGCCGUGUUUUCUUCCACCGCUCCACCGGACGCCUCUGCGACGGCCGACUCAUCGUCGACUUUCUCUGUGAAAGCUUAAACAUAAGUUAUUUGAGACCAUAUUUGGAGUCGAUUGGGUUAAAUUUUAGUAAUGGAGCAGACUUUGCCAUUGCGGGUGCAGCGACACAACCAUAUUCGACCAAUCCCUUCUCUUUAGGCACUCAAGUGCGCCAAUUUCUUCACUUCAAAUCACGUUCUUUAGAACUCAUCUCUCAAGGUUUCGAAGGUUUGAUAAAUGAGGAAGGGUUCCAGAAGGCACUCUAUGCUAUUGAUAUUGGGCAGAAUGAUCUUACUGGCGCCCUUGGUGGAAAUUCAACCUAUGAUCAAGCGACUGCAAAAAUCCCAAUCUUUAUUUCUGAGAUUAAAAAUGCAAUCAAAACAUUGUAUGCUAAUGGUGGCAAAAAUUUUUGGAUACACAACACUGGACCCUUGGGAUGCCUGCCUGAAAAGCUCUCUCUCCCACGGAAAGAUAAUAGCAGUCUGGAUCCAUAUGGAUGUCUUGUGCCCUUCAACAAUGCUGCCAAGGAAUUCAAUGCCCAGUUGAGCUCCCUCUGCGAUGAACUGAGUUCAGAGUUGAAGGAUGCCACCAUCACUUACAUUGAUAUCUUUGCUAUUAAGUAUGAUAUCAUUGCUAAUUAUACCAAAUAUGGUUUCGAGAGCCCGGUAAUUGUAUGCUGCGGCUACGGUGGACCUCCAUACAACUUCAAUCCAAGCAUAAGGUGUGGUAAUCCAAGUUGUAAUGUUUGUGCUGAUGGCUCCAAGUACAUAAGCUGGGAUGGAGUUCAUUACACAGAGGCUGCCAAUGCCAUAGUGGCUUCCAAAAUACUUACCACUGACUACUCAAAGCCCAGAGCCAAAUUUGACUGCUUCUGCACUACCUGAUCAUCACCAACCCACUGUAUUAGGUUUUCUUUAUGAACUGCUUCUGAGUUACAGAUAUUUGUUACUCUGCUGGAGCUUCAGUAGCCUAGUUGAGUGGUGGAAUUGCUAGAAAAUAUAUACUGAGGGAUCAUAAUAUCAUUCUGCAGGCAUGAAGAAAGAUAAGGACCGUCUUAUUCGGUAAUAAUGGGACGAGAAACAUUAGUUUAUAUCAUCUAAGUUCUUAGGGUGUUAUAUUUUGAUAUCAUUU